UGUAGGAGCAACAUCAUCUGUUCCUUCAGAUUGGUUAGUUGCUGGUAGGAAACACGUUGUUGGCAUAAGGACGACCGCAGUUACCAGAAGUAUUGCUGGGUAGGACUUGAGUUAUAUCAAAGAGUGCAAUAGGACUUGAGUUAUCAGACAGUUUGUGAUAGGACUAGAUUUAUAAGAAAGAGUGCAAUAGAACUCAAGUGAUCAGGAAUUGUCCAGCAAUACUUGAGUGUUAAACAAGACUUGUAGUUAUCAGAAAUAGUGUAAUAGGAUUCAAGAAUUGUGUAGCAAUACACUUCAGUGUUGAACAGGACUUGUAGUUAUCAGAAAUAUUGUAAUAGGAUUCAAGAAUUGUGUAGCAAUACACUUCAGUGUUGAACAGGACUUAUAGGUGUCAGAAAGUGCGCAGGAAAUUAAAGAAAUUAAAAAAAUAAAAUAAUUUGAACAGUACUUGUAGUUAUCAGGAGCUGUACAACAAUACUGCAGUGUUGAAUAGGACUUUUAUCAAUCAAAAAGUGUGCAAAAAUAUUCAACAAUUGGAAAGAGGCACUUGUAGUUAUCAUAAAGUGUGCAACAGGACUUUUAGUUAUCAGAAAGUGUGCAACAGGUACCGGGCAGUGUGCAACAGGACUUGGAAGGACAUUAAGGUUAAACCAGACGUGAAUUGAUAUAAAUUGUUGAACAGUGUCUAGGUUAAAAUAAAUUGUUGAGCAGGAGAAUUUGGAGCUGCCAGAAAUAAAAAUGUCCUGCGAAACGAAAUUGUGCAAUAGUUGUAAUAAAGAAGUGUGCAAAUAGCAAGAACUGAUAGAUUGAAAUUUUAUUUUGGUACAGUGUCUAUCUCUUGAGGUUUGACUAUUAGAACUCGAGAAUGAUGGGAAAUAAGUGCUCAGUCUCAAACAUUAUUUUCUUACACUCAAACAUAAGUUUGUAGCUCAUUCUAUUGAUUAAUACCAGAAAUCAAAAGAGAAGAUUCAAGGAAGGCUCAAUCUCAACUAGAUCUUCUUAUAAACCAGUGAAGGAGAUAAUGGAUUUUUAGUGAUUCAGAAAAACUGUAUUGUGUAAAAAUACAAUAAAUCUUGAUGACAAAAUUUUUUUGUCAAGAAAGUUUUCUACAGGAAAAUCUCUUCUCUUCAAGGAUUUUUACAGGAAUUCGAGGCACGGAGUUUGUAUGAAGUAAAAAAAAACUUUUUUUUCAUUGAAGUGAAUUUUGGAACACCUUAUCAACUUAGGUACUUAUGAAAUUCCCGUUACAAUUUCUAUAAUAUAUCUUUUCAUUUCUAUGGUAGGCUAGUGUGAUUCUGUACGUUUUUGUGCUUCGAAUGUUUUUGGAGAAACUCGAUUCAACGAAACUGAUUGGUGAUUGUCGAAAAUUUUGUGUUUAGGUUUUGUGGAUCAGCCGGAGAAUUUGGGAUUAUUUCUACCAGGACUUAUAAGAUCUACUCCACAACAUACCGCACAAUGAGGAAACCAAACCGACAUAGAAAACCUAUCUAGGCAUGGACCAUUCCAACUGUAGGCAACAUUCUAAUCUACCUCAGCCCUUGAAUCAUCCACAUAUUCUGGGGAAGCACAACCUGAAACAUAUUGAGAAAUGAGAAUUAACAGAGAAAAUGAUAGAGAGAAUACAUUCUAAAAAUGAAGAGAAAACGUUGACGUGUUCAGAAAAUUUUGUGUUCUUCCACCAAGGUUGAACAAGACGGUCGAGAGCUGCUAGAAGAUUUCUUUUAGGCUAGAGGAAUAAGAGAAGAGAUUCGAGGAACAUUGUCGAUUUAAGGAUCUAAAUAUUGAAUAAAGUUCCAGAUACACAUUUCUAGAGGUUUGGUGAAGUUAUCAAAGACUUCUAGAGGUCUGAAGAGGUUGAAAGAGAGGUUUACGAUACAUCCAAGAACUCUUUGUGUUGAUAAGAAGGUUUCCAUUGGGAAAAAAUGUUUCUGGAAUCUUGAAGAAAUCAAGAGUUGGGUGGGUCCUUUCAGAAAACAGGAAGUAUCCUAGAAAUCUAGAGGAUCUGAUACUUGUUAUCCACCAAAAAUCUUUUGGAGGAUUUCAAUACUUACUUUUAGAAGGAGAGGUUAUUCUGGAAUCUGGUACCAAAUGGAUUCAGCAAUGGAUAUCACCAACUCCCUCAGGCCAGAGGAUAUUUCAAAGGGAGAUUUCUUCGACUUUGUUGUAACAUCUGAUGCAACCGACUCUGGAUCCCUUCAUUCUUUUGGUCGAUCAAUGAAAAGUCUAGGGAUCUAUCUGGAGGCUUAUGAAACAAACAACAACAACACAUCUAGCAAUAACAACAACAACAAUAGUACAAGCAACAACAAUAGUGGGACAGUCAAUAGGAAAGAGGAGACUGAUAGGUUGCAUCUGGUGGAGCAGAACAACAAUCUAAUGGUGGCGAAUGGAGCAUCUGGGAACCAGGACUACCUGGUGCACAGUCCCUACUGGAGUGGUCCAGGCAAGGAGGAUCCUGGAGCACGCUGGGAGUCGUCGGUCCUCGAGGACCUCAACUGCUGGAGUCAGGAUGGCUCCGGAUCGUCCAAGCACUUGGCCGAGGGAGAGAACACGGAUGGUGCCAUCUACACACUGACAGUGCUCAAUGGCAGUGACCAGACGUCGACCUGGUAUAGGUUACCAGACUCAGGACAGGAUGACGACUCACCCAGUGCCCACCCCCAAGGAGUGGCCACUCAAGGCUCAAUUGAUCUCGAUUCACUAAUCAACAACAUCAUCCCCAGCCCCCUGCACCAGGCGGCUGCAUCAACAUUCUCAUUCCACCCUUCAACAACCACCCAACCUCAAGAGGUGCAACCUCAACAAGGACCAGAAGCUGCUGGAGGAGUCACCAACCAGUCACCAGCAAAAGAGUUCACCUACGAUGAGAGUGGAUUCACAGAGGGACAUCAACUGCAGCCGAGCUUCGGUAGCAGUGCAAACGCGCAGUCCUCGAAUAGUUUAGCAACUAGUAUAUGUGGAACAAGUUCUGCAUCAACAGCUUGUCCAGCAGCGGAACCCAUCAUCACCAAUUCCAACAGUGAUUCCGAUUGGGCAGCUCUGGGUGCUGCAACAUCUUCCCAAGAUCCUGGUGUUGACUCGUUGCUGCGCAGUGCGCUCCAGGGAAAAUCAAGCAUAUCCACGUUCUCCAGGUACAAUGGAGGUGUGGUGCACAACAACCAACCCCUCAAGGUUGAGAAGAGCAGUGGGGACAAGGAGCCCGAGACAUUACACUAUCAGGAUGUGAUCGGCAAUGUCAGGACGCAUUCCCCUGUCAUGUGUGCUGUGUCCCUUGAAACAGGUGCUGUUGUCAUGUUGGACGGCAAUGCGUCAUCUGGCUCGAUGUUGAUGGAUGGUGACAACACGCACAGUGUUGAUGACAUCUUCCUCUCCCAUCUAGACUCUGUGGCCUAUGAGGAAGACUACGAGAAGUUGAAGAGUAUCGAGCAUGAGGUGGCAAACUCCAUGGAACAGUACUGUAACCCCUACCUGACAACCCAUAUAGGGGGUGAACAUGUCAGGAUGUCACCCCUCCCACACAUGGAUCACACCAUCACACUGAACCCACUCCCUUCCACCACCACCUCCUCGACAUCUACCGCAACUAGUAGCAAGUCUGCCAAGAAAUACAAAAGGUCGUCAAGUUCGUCGAGUUCAAAAUCCAGCCAAGGUCAGAUCCAAACGGCGGGUGUGUCAUCGGCUGGGAUUGGUGGUGCUAGCUCCUCUGGGGGAAUCCGCAAAGAGCGGUCUCUCCAUUACUGUAACAUCUGUAGUAAAGGUUUCAAGGACAAAUAUUCGGUGAAUGUCCACAUCAGGACUCAUACCGGGGAGAAACCGUUCACCUGCACACUUUGUGGCAAAAGUUUUAGGCAAAAGGCUCACCUGGCCAAACAUUAUCACACACAUCUGGCUCAGGCUAAAAAUCCAACGGCUAGUGGAUGUAGCAGUAGUAGUAGUAAUGGUUCUAAACCGUCCAGUAGUAAGUCCCGGUAACAUUCACUCAACUACAUGUUGCUGUUAGCUAUUAGUUUAUUGUUUCAAAUUGUUCAUAAUUUAUUCUCAAUAGGAUACUGUAAUUUGUAUAUAUUAUGCAACUAGAACCUAUUCAAUCUCAAUUGCCUUCAAGACUAAAGCAAAUGUGUAUAAUUUUUCAAUAAGAAAUUUGUUCUCUAUGCAGAUUAGCAAACGCUAAAAUGUCAGAACUUUCUUCAAAAAUGCGAAUAAAAUAAGGGUAGAAUAAUUCCUCCCUCCCUUGAAUCCUUCCUUUUUUGGAGUUGAUGACAAACCUGAGUUUUGUAACAAUUUAACAGGGUAGUAGGUACCGUACAUUAAUGACAAUGAUUCCAUUUGAAUUGUAAAAUACAAGUAUCAACUUGACUAUCAAGUGAACGUUUUUUAGAACUUUGUGAGUUACUACUCUACUUGUAAAAUUCAUAAGUUUAUGAUUCAAAGCUUUUCAACAAUGCACCGUACUUGGUUAUAACCUACGGGUUGAUCACAUUGGAGUUAUUACUUGAGAAGCAUGUGUGUGUUUAUACAGUGAUGGACAGUGAACAAUAAAAUAACACAAUUCAUAUAAAGUCUGGUGAUUUACAAGUACGAGUAUUUAGUACAGCUUUAAUCAACAAUUUUAAAAUGAUUCGUUCAAUGUGAUAGUAGAGUCCAAUAUAAUUAAUAUAUCAAAUUGAAUGCCUGCCAUGUGUAGCAUAAUACAUUAUUUGUAUUUAUUUAAGUUUAUGAAUCUUUACAGGACAAUUUUUUGUAACUAGAAAAUAAUAUUAAAAUAUACCAUCUAAAACAAUCAAAUCAAUGAAUUUAAACCAUAAUUUAUUGUAGUGGAAUGGAAGAAGAAUUCAAGUUUUAACUGUUUUUACUUGAUAUUUCUAUAGGGCUACCUUUUUAGAUCAAUUAAUAUGUGUAGUUUGUAUUCAGUAUUUGAAACUAGUAGUCUAUUGUUUACUAGAAAUUCUAUUAAUGCCAUUUUCCAAAUGCUCCAACAAUAUGUAUCACAUUAGUGCUCACUAGAAAUAAUGUAUUAUUUAUCAACUCUUCUCAAUAGAAAAUUUGCCAAGUCUCAUUUCUUGAACAUAAUAUGCAAGUUAAAAAUACUUUCAAUACUGUAACUGGGCACCUGCCGAAAAACCUUCGGGUUUGGCAGGACCCUCAAUUUUUUUGAGUGUGAAUAAAAAUUUUGACUUGAUUUGAAUAGUUAUACACAUAUAAAACAUGAAAUCAUUCCGCUAUAAUUGUCUUUUAUAAAAUUAAAAGCGAUAUUCUCAAAAAAGAUUGAAAUGUUUGUAACAUAGCUGAAUAAUAUUUUUCACUUUCUUGGGUUACUUAAAUUCACAUAAAAACUGGAAAUCAAAGUACUCUAUUUUCAACUUUAUUUCGUUUCUCACAAGUCUCGUCUAUUAAAAAAUAUGGUACAUGAAAAUAAAAUAUUAAUAGUCGAAACAUGUUUGGAAAAAUAAAAUAUAGUUGGAAACAGGGUACUCUGUUUUUUAUUUUUACUGAAAUAAUAUUAUUAAUUAUUUGAGCACCGUUAUCUGAAAAACUACUUUUUCAUCUAUCUUUAUUUCCAAUCACACAAUGUAUGUUUCGUAAGGUGGUGAAAAAAUUAUAAUAUUAUGAGUGAAAAAUGGUUCAGUACUGAAAUAAUUGUGCCUUAAAUAUUCUGAAAAGCAAACAAAACCUUCCAUGAACGUAACUCACUUUACAACAACUAUAUGGAGAAAUGAACAGAAUUGUUAAGACAUUCACAAUCAAUAUUGUAUUGGCUCAUUCAUCAUGAUAAUGGAAUAAUAGGAUCUUGAACAUUAUGUUAUGAAUCACUUAGGAUAAGAACUCAACUUUUACUAUAAAAAUCAUUUAUGAGAAUCAAAGCCCCUAGUAUUAAGUUUUAUAAUAGUUAUAAAGUAGAUUAUUUAUAAUAAUGUUCUGUAAAUUUAAAAUUUCGGUUGUAUAUUUGUAGGAAAUGUGUACACUUUAGCAGCAAUGAAAUGUAAAAAUAUUUCGUAAGUACUAAAAAUUAUAACAGAUGGUUAAAGAAAGUUGAGCGGGGGAAGAUAACUCAAAAGGGACUGAUUAAAUUAAAGAUUAUUGUUUUUCUAAAGGAUAGCUAUAUUUUUUAUACUACAUCACUUAUUUUUAGAAUAUUUUGAAAUAGUUCCUAAGUAUCCUACCUCGCUUCAGGUAAAGAUCUAUCUAUUUUUGAAAAUUAAGGUGCAAUUUUUAAUUUAAAAGCAAUAAAUUUAGCUUCUUAUGACAAAUAAAUAAUUAUUGUACUCUUAUUAAAAUUUCUAGAUCAAUUUAUAGCUGUGUCAUGUAAAAUAUCAGCUCAUUUCAUGUUAUCCGUCCAUUUAACAUGUCAACCAAUUAGUUAUAAAUAUUAUUUUCAUUAUCAUUUCAACAUCAUCAGUUCUUAUUUUGCUGGUUGGAAUACAUUAUGAUUAUUUUUCCUAAAACCCAAUUCUCAAUCCAAACGCCUUUUUCAGAUUGAAGGCAGUUAAUUCAUACAAAAUGCUCUCUCUUAUUGUUCCUUACAAAUUGAAUGAUAGUUAAAUAUUUGGACCUCGGGGUGGGAAUGUCACCUACCCGAGAAUUCAAUUUAAUAAUUUAUUGAAUCCACAAAUCUACUAUACUAAACCAAUAAAUUAUAUCUACUCCUGGUUCAAACAAAGAAUUGCUUGAAAAUUUGUAAAAUUUUGUAAAUCUUUACACAUUUAUUCAUAAUGUACAGAUCCAUACUUAAAUUUUUUAUGUUGUACUCUCAAAUAGGCCUACUGUAUUCUGAGUACAAUUUAUUUCUAAGCAAUACCAUUGUUAUUGUAAGAAAGAUAUAAAAUAUUAAUUGAAAAUUCAUAUUUUAUUGUUGAUUUCUUUCCAUUGUUAAUCUAUUGAUAUUUUAUUCUUUGUUGAUAUUGUUUCUUACUAUCAGUAUUACAAUUUUAUCAUGUUUAUUCAAUUCACCAUUUGGAUAAAUAAUGUGCCUUCAAUUCAAAUCAACCAUUAGAAUUUUAAGACAUGAUUUAUUUUUGAAUGUAAUGUCUGUUGUUGACGUUUUGUAUUUUAAUUUAUCAUCCUUUAUCAUUUAUAUUUUAUAAAACUCAUUUUUCAAAUUUGUAUCAUUUUAUCCAAGUAGGCUAUUUUCCUUGUUUAAUCUAAUAUCUAUAUUUUUCGAUAAAUUGUGUGAAUAUACGAAGCAUUCCCUUAUGUAAUCAAGCCAAAUUCCAUAUAAUUUUCAAAAUUCUUCAAUAAUUCAUUUACUGUAGGCUAUAUUAUUCUCUAAUUCACUUACAUUAUUACAGAAUUUUAUAGUUAUUUUACGAUGAGUCGGUAAUGUCAUUAAUCAAGAAUCUCACAUGUUAGGCCCUAAUACAGUAACUAAUGUUACUGAAAUAACUAUAUUGGAGAAUAUAGUUAUUGUAGGCCCUACUAUCUAAGGACAUAGAAACAGUAAAAGUUUAAAGUAAUUUUUAUCAUCUGGCGAUUUCAACUCGGAAUAAAACAAACCAUAAAUGCGUCCAUAGCUUGGUUUCAUCCACUAGCCUUUCUGAUUCAAACUUGAUAAUUCAGUGUUGGACUUAUACUGAGCAUAAUAUCACAGAAUAAGAAUAAGUAACUAUAGUGAGGUCCACGUUAUAAUGACAGUGGAUGAAGAUAGAAGAAUAGCGAUGCCGUUUCUCUGCAUUAAUUAAUUAUAUUUCUACACUGUCAAAAACAUAAUUGGCAUCGUUGUGGACCUAGAAAAGGAUAGUACCACCGGCUUUGUCGAAUGAUAGACAAGGAUAGCAAAACCAAAGUUGAUCAAAUACUGUCAUUAUAACGUGGUAUACCUCAUUAGGUAUAGUAAGUUUCGUCAAGACAAUUUAUGCUCAUAGGUACACUUUAGUCUGAUCUUGAACCUUUGCUUAUGUAUUUUUUUUAAAUACGGUACUCUAUCAAUCACUUUCAAACCUAACUACCAAAGUUGGGAAUAUAAAUGGUUAAAGCUUGGAAGUGAAUAAUCACUGCCAAAAAAAUCACUAAAAUACCGAAAUAAAAAGAUAAGUUGAAUUGAGACGAAAAAAUAUGAAUAUCCUAAGACAUAUUAUUUGUGAAAAACAAAAUGUAUUACGUGAACACUGCCAGAACGAAUUUUUUUGUAAACUAAACUUUAUAAUCUAUUUUGCCAAACUACUAUUAAUAACAAUUUUACGUCCAAUGAAAAAUUUAUGAAAAUAAAAACAAUAACCUAGGCCUAUAUAAUAUAUUAUUAUAUAAUCAAAGUUAAUUAAUUAAAUAAUUCUGAAACCUACCCACCAUUGGAAAGUUACACAAUUUACUUUUAGUGGCCAAAUCUUGCCAAUUUUGUAAAAAACCCUAAAAUAUUAUAAGAAAUUUAUCCUGAAAAGGAGUGAAAUUUUGUCAACCAAAGAUAAGAAAAUGAUGUUGUACCCAGAGUCGAAUUAAAGAACUCAUCAGUUGUAACUUACCAUUCAACUUGAAAUACACUCAGUUACUGGAAUUGUCUAUGAGACUAUUUGCAACUGUUUUUUGACAACAUAUUAUAUUGAGGAGGUACCAGUAUUUAUUUUUCAGUUAAAAUACCAUCGUAUGAGAAUCAUUUCAAAUGAGAGAUUGAUAGGCUAUACAUCACACUAUAUAGUUCUUUUUAAUAUUUUUCUUUUAGAUUUUUUAUUCAAAUGCCUAUAGAAUCCUCUUCGAAUAACAAUUUACAACAAUUAUCGUAUUGUGAUAUCAGGAUGGAGAUUUUAUAACCGAUUGGGCCUAUUUAUCAUUGAAUAAUUAUCAAUACAAUUUUCUAAUCCGGCAAGAACCUAUUUUUAAUGUUGCUAAAAGUAACAGUUUUCCAACAUUUUUUGAGGUAUCUGCAUUUAUAUUGAUAUGAUAUAAAACUCCUAUUUCAAACUGAAUUUUAAAAUGAUCAACUGAAUUUCUAAUAUAUUUACGUUGGAUAGGCCUACGCUACCUAUUUAUUCAACAUGCAUUAUUUGAAUUCGGUGAACUAUUUGCAAUUUAAUAAACUAUCUGUAGAUAAUUUGUGAUAACAUAAGUGAUAACUUACACCAUGACGAAUGAAUAAUUAAUUUUGUAACUUUCUGGGUACCGGUAUUUUAAAUUAGCGUAUACUGUAUACCAGCAAGCUAUCUGGAGUUAAUGUUAAAUGAGAUAUGUUUCUUAUUCAGUGCAUUCAUCAAUAUUCAAAAUACUUAAGGAAUCUGAAAAUAUCAGUAUACAUAUUGAAUUAUGAUUAUAAUAUUAAUUUAGCCAAAGUAUCAAACUAUGUAAUACAGUCAAUCUUAAUUUAACAAUGGAGUGAAUUUAUUUAUUGUAAAUUCCAAACAGUUUACUGCGAUUGACUAUAUUCACUUUGGCGUUACAAUCUUUUUUCAACUACAGGAAGUGGAUUCACAAAGGCAAAUGAGCUACAAACUAGAUAACGGAUUGAAACAUUUGAAUUUAUAUACAUUUUUGAAAUAGAUUUAUCAAUCUCAGUCUGAUCAAUUUCACGACUGCACUGUAUAAGAAUUAUUAUCUUUCCCUAAGUAGGUACUUUAAUAAUGUAAAUAAUAGCUUAGGAUAACAUAUAUUUUUCACUCGUGUUGUAUUUUGUCAAAUAUGUAUUUUUAUGUAAUUAUUCCAUGUUUAUUGCAUAGUUAUAGUAUAGCCUAUAUUUUAUAUUGUACGUUUUUUCUAGAUGAUAUUAUUGUUAUUAUUUAUUGUUUCCCCUUUUUAUAAAAAUAUACAAUAUCUAUUGUUGUGUUCGAUGUAGUUAUGUAGUGUUAAUGAGAUUUUUUUAAUAUAUUUUUUUAUAGUUUACUUACAUUUUGUAUAAAUAGUAUCACCAACACUUUGUUUGCCAUAGUUUUAAGUUAUUGUUCUGUAUAAUCUAAGCAGAAAUACUUUUAAUUUUAAAAUUAUUAUUUUUACAAAUCCAUGUAUUCAUAAGCCAUGAUACUUAUUAUUGUAAAUGCAAUAUCAUAAAUUAGUACUGUUAAUAUAUGCUUCAAUUCCUAUUAUCAAGUUUAAAAGAUCUUGAAAGAUAUUUUUGGAUGAUAUACAUUCUUUCAAUGAUGCAAUAAUAGAUAUUUUUUAUACAAUUUAUAAUAAAAUCUAUGAU